AUGGAAUUCUAGGGAUAAACCCCCACCCAAUACACCCAGUUAUCUGCUCCAUUUUCAAUGAUGGUGAGGGCAGAGGGCUUCUUCAGAGGAGUAAAUUCGCAGUUCUGCCACAAGAGGGCGACAAAAUAUCAGAGUUCUCAGAGAGGCAGCAGACAUGAAUGAUGUUUUAAUACCAGAGACAGAGGAAAGGUUUGAAUUAAUUGGAAUGUUUUCAUUUAACUCACCCGAGUGUGUGUGCGCGUGCAAGAUUUACUUAGUAAUAAUUACCUGGGAUGCACAACACGCUCCUGUAAUAUUAAGGUCAUGAAUGAUGAGAAAUAAGAAAUAAUCUGAUGAAUUUUAUUUGCAUAUUUUUAGCUGAUCUGUUACAUUCCGUUACUGUCAGGCCCGAGCUCUGCCGGGGCCUUAUCUCGGCACGUGGGUUCUGGGAUUUAAACCGUAUCACCCACUUCACUAUUUAUAGACGCCUGCUUUCAAGUAAGAGUGUGUGUGUGUGUGUGUGUGUGAGUGAGUGACAGACCGUUAGACAGAUACAGAGAAAAAGAGAUGUUUUUAAUGCAUAUUUAUAAUAUUUAAAAUAUAUAAUAUUUCAUAAAUAUCCGACAUGAUGAGACGUGUAUUUAGAAAGAGACAGACAGAUGAAGCACGGGCUCUCACCUAGUUACCCCCCUCACUUACCCCCUCAGCGACCUUCCUAAAACCUUUCACUGCGCUUGUGCACGAAUCCCGCACGCAUCAAUUUAAUCACCUGAUCGGUGCAGACAGACAGACAGGUGUGCAGGAAGACAGGUGGGCAGGUAAAACAGAAGAGAGGUGGACAGAAGGACACGGGUAAGUGGACAGGUUAUUCACAGCUGUUGGUUUUAGACUGCUUUCAAUACUCAGGGAGAAGAGCGCACGAGCCCGGGAGCACUGAGCAGCGCGCGUGCAAGAACAGGGGGCGGGGCCAAAAGAAGGGAUGAGUGCUGAUAUAAAAAGGACGAGUGGCUAGGAAGAGCAAUAAACGGCAGAUAUUUCAGUAUAGUGCACUAGUGUUAGUUUAUAAUCUUUGUAGAGAUUAUAAUUAUUCAGGAAAUUAAUUCUUUUUUAUAUUAUUGUGGAAUUUCCUCACGCGCGAAGAGCAGAGAUAAACCGGACAUGCCAUGGAGAGAGAAAAGGGCAUGGAGGGCAUCAGAGUUAACCUACAUGAGCGCGAGCUGUGGAGGAAGUUUCAUGACGUCACCACGGAAAUGAUCAUCACCAAAGCGGGCCGACGAAUGUUCCCGAGUUACAAAGUGAAGGUGACCGGUCUGAACCCCAGAGCGAAGUACAUCCUGCUGAUGGACAUCGUGUCUGCUGAUGAACACCGCUACAAAUACACAGAUAAUACAUGGUCAGUGAGUGGGAAAGCAGAUCCGGCUAUUCCGGGUCGCCUCUAUGUCCAUCCCGACUCUCCUGCACCUGGAGCUCACUGGACCAAACAACUCGUCUCCUUCCAGAAACUCAAACUGACCAACAAUCACCUCGACACCUUCGGCCAUAUCAUAUUAAACUCCAUGCAUAAAUACCAGCCGCGGCUACACAUAGUGAAGGCUGAUGAGAAGAACGGUUUUGGUUCCAGCAGCACAGCGUUCUGCACACACUCGUUCCCUGAAACCACCUUCAUUGCUGUCACGUCCUACCAGAACCACACGAUCACUCAGUUGAAGAUCGAGAACAAUCCAUUUGCUAAGGGUUUCCGUGGUAACGACGACAUCGAUAUGCACCGGGUGUCUUGUGCACAGAGUCAGGAAUUCCCGCUGGUACCAAGAACCACAUUUCGCCCAAGAGUCGAUCCAGCCACGCCCUACACACUUAACCCCGCCCUCAUGUCCAGCUACACCUGCUCAGAGCCUCCAGAAAAACACACUCCUGCACCAGAAGACAACUGUUUCAUCAAACCGGACUCCUCCCCUCACCUGCUGAGCUCCUCCUAUCAGGAGGAGUUUGGGUUAAGUAACAGAGGCAGUGCAGACUCAGUGCGGCGUCAGCCGUGUAUGUACACUAACUUACAGUGGGAAUCUUACACUGAGUGUCCACCAUAUUUAGCUUUUACUUCCUCACAGGAAGUGGGCGGGGCUUCAUACUCCACCUCUGAACUUUCCCAAGAGAUCUACCCACAAUACACCUGUGCAGUGGGCAUGCAGUCACAUUGCCCGGGGACUGGUUACGCUCUGUACACGGAGCAAGAGCAGAGUCCCAGUGGGAGCAGUGGAGUGGGCUGGUAACUGAAACACCUCCAAUCUCUGCUGUGUCAGUCUCAGACUUUUGUCUUGGAGCCAUUAUAAGGCAACUGACAGAUGCAGAAGCCCCGCCUCCUUUCCUAUAACUGACUGGUAAAGAGGACACGCCUACUGAUCUGGAACUAACAGAAACAGAACCCAUGCCACCUUCCUGUAACUGACAAGGGGCUGUACUCUUUGCAGGGUAAAAGAGUUAAAGGCCACACCUCCUUUGCUAAGACUCAUAGGCCACACCUCCUUUCUUGGAAAUGACAUGGACAGAGGCCAUUCCAUCUAUCUUGUAAAUGCCCAUGGGACACACCUCCUUCACUAAGACUGAGAGCCUCAGAGGUCAUGCCUAUCUCACUGAGACUGACAGCUACAAAGGCCACACCCACUUGACUGGAACUGAAGCAUACAGAGGCCACACCUACAGCUACAGAGGCCACACCUCUCUCACUGAGACUGAACCCUACAGAGACUACACCCAUAGCUACAGAGCCCGCACUCCUCCUUCACUGAGAUUGACACUCACAGAGACCACACUUCCUUCACUAAGACUGACCCUGACAGAGGCCACACCUACAGCUUCAGAGGCCACGCCUUCUUCACUGAGACUGUCUAAAUGCCUCUAAAUGACUUACAGAUAAAUGCUGCAGAAAUAAAGCACUGAAUCAGAAACAAAUGAUUCAUUACUGACUCACUGGUAAAUGGAUCUGUAACGAAUCUUUAAAUUACAGAGAAAUGAUUCAACAAGGAAUCUAUAAAGUUAACAGCAACACAUUUCACUCACAAAUCAGACAAUAAUAUAAGCAAGAUGAUUCUGAAUCACUGAGUCUAUUUGUUGUGUAUUUUUUAUUUGAAGUAAUUAAAGUCUAAUUUUAUUCACCGACGUCUGUACAC